AGAGAGCCUGGGAAGGAGGCAGGGCCAGCUUCUGGCCUGGGGAGACCGAGGUUUGGAGCCCAGGGGUCUCUGGGUGUACAUAUCCUCAGAGAGGGCUGGGACUGCACCUGAUAUUGCUGACCCCGCAACCCCACGGUCCCUGGCAGGUUCCCACUGAACCUGCUCAGGGUCAUGGGAUCAGGGACUGGCUGCGGCACAUGGGCCAUGAGGACUGGGUGCCCAGCUGCCGCCAGCACCUGUGCAGUGAGCACUUCACACCAUCCUGCUUCCAGUGGCGCCGGGCUGUGCGCUACCUGCGGCCUGAUGCAGUGCUGUCCAUUUUCUCCCCGGCACCCCCUGCUAAGAGGCAGCAGAGUUCCCGAAGCACUGAGAAGCCAGGCGUGCCUCCCUCCCCACCGGAGGCCACGCCCCUAUCCCCAGGGCCAGCUGUGGCCCCUGGCCCCUUGCACCUCGUGGUACUGGGGUCAGCAUCCGGAGGCCCUGAGGCCACGACCGCCGUGUUCCUGACCCCCCUGCCCCCUGCUCCUGCCGGGCCACAGCCUGGAGUCCGGGCCCAGCACCCCCUGGCCAGGCUGGGCACAGUCCUGGGAGCGCUGCAGCGGCGGGUGCGGAGACUGCAGCGGCGCCAGGAGCAGCCCCAGGGGCAGCUGCGGGCUGUGGAACAGCUGGGGCAGCAGGUGUGCAAGGAGGGCCUGCCACCUAGGGGCACCGGGGCCUGCCGUGCCUGGUGA